GAUCUUGAUAUGUAAGCCAUGAAUUGCAGAGAAAUCAUUCCUUCCCAAACGCGACAUGGAAUGGUUCUUCUUCUGUCCCCGGGAUAGGAAAUACCCAAAUGGAUCGCGCACAAACCGUGCUACCAAAGCUGGCUACUGGAAAGCCACUGGUAAAGACCGGAAAGUUGUUUGUCAGUCUUCUGUGACUGGUUAUCGUAAAACCCUAGUUUUCUACCGUGGAAGAGCUCCAAUGGGGGAUCGAACAGACUGGGUAAUGCAUGAGUAUCGCCUUUCUGAUGACCUUUCUCAAGGAUCACCAUGUUUUCAGGGAGGUUAUGCUUUGUGUCGUGUCAUUAAAAGGAACGACAACGUGCAAAAGACUAGUGAUAAGCAAGUUGGAAAUAGUUCAAACAAUGGGGAUUUCACUUCAACUAGAAUUUCAAGUGAGCCUGUGAUGAUCUCCGAGGACAUGACCUUUCAAUCGAGUCACCUAUGCAAUGGGAGUAAUUUUUCGAGCCCUGUUACUUCUCCAUAUCAGACUAUGCCAAUUGUGGAGAAUGAUACAUUUUCAAUGGGGACGAAUCGCAGUAGCGUCUGGGUAUCACCCGAUUUAAUCCUUGAUUCAUCGAAGGAAUACCCACAAGGACAAGGUGUGUUUGGAUACUAUCUGCAACACAAGUUUCCAAACAUGAUGACUCAAUGGCCGCCACAUAAUCAGUAUGAAAUUUCACCCAGCUCGUCCUACUCAAAUUUCACGGAAGAAAUUGAGGUCGGUGAUGACCUCAGUCGAUUUGGUUGCAUUUCACCAUACUCAUCAGGACACACAAACUACAUGGGCUUUUGUGGAAAUGAGGAUAAUAUGCCUUACGAAGGAUUUGAAACUUGGGAUCAGGCUACAAUUCAUAGACAAGGUAGCGGAGAUGGGAGUUUGGGGGAACUUGGCGGUCUUUGGUCGCAGGAAGAUAAUAUGGUUAUUGUGAUGUGAGAAUCUGCAAAAAGUUGGAUAACCCUACUCAGUUUUUGACUAGUAAUAAUCAAGACUGGUGCCCCUGAGACAAUGAUUUUUUAAUAUUGAUCUUGGAGUGGAAAACUAUGGUAUUGGUAUUGGUAUUGGUAUUGGUGUUUGGUGCUGGUGUUGGUGUUGGUAUUGGGUUUUGAGUCUACUCUUGUUAGCAAUCCCCCUGGUUAUGAUCACUUUUAUAGAUUGCACCAGGAGUUGGAACA